AUGUUGUCGGCAGCGGGAGCCCGGGCCCGGGCUGGGUGGCGGCCUCUCUUCCUCCUCCUCCUGCUCGUGUUACCGGAGCCCGGCCGCUCGUGCCCGUCCCCCUGCCGCUGCUGGCCCGACAACCGGACGGUGGAGUGCUCGGGCCGGGGCCUGGAGUCGGUGCCCGCGGGGAUCCCGGGGGGGACCCGGGUGCUCGACCUGAGCCGCAACCGGCUCCGGAGGCUGGAGUGGCCGCGGGGGGCCGGGCCGACGGUGCGGCGGCGGCUGGAGGAGCUGGACCUCAGCGGGAACCUGGUGUCGGAGCUGCCCGGGGGGGACGGGGACGGGGAGGAGGAGGAGGAGGCCGAGGGCGGAGGGGCCUGGUCCGGGCUCGGGCAGCUCCGCCGCCUCCGCCUCGACCGUAACCGCCUGCGGUACCUGUCCCCGGGGGCGCUGGGCCGCAUGGCCGCCCUGGAGAGCCUGCAGCUCGGCUCCAACCCGCUGCCGGCGCUGCUGGACCUCACCUUCCGGGGCCUGCGCCGCCUCGGCCGCCUGGAGGUGGGGGGCCCGCAGCUCGGUUACCUGGGCCCCAGGCUGUGGGAGGGCCUCCCCGCCCUCCGCCUGCUCACCGUCACCGGCGGCUCGCUGCCCGCCGCCCCGUCCGCCCUCUCCCUGCAGCCGCUCGCCAACCUCAGCGCCCUCCGCCUGCUCGGCCUCGCCCGCGUCCGCCGCCUCCCCGCCGGCACCUUCGGGCCGCUGGCCGCCCUCCGCCUGCUGCAGCUGGACGGAUGGUCCUCCCUGUCCGAGCUGGAGGAAGGCAGCCUCCGGGGGCCCGAGCUGCUGCUGCGCCUGUCGGUCACCCGCUGCAACCUGAGCUCGGUGCCUUACCGGGGCCUGCAGUCCCAGCCUGCCCUGCGCUGGCUCGACCUCUCCCACAAUCCCAUUCGCGUCAUCCGCGCGGGGAUGCUGCGCCACGUGACCCGCCUGGAGGAGCUGCGAUUGGUCGGCGCCGGCCUCCUCGCCGUGCAGCCCGAGGCCUUCCGCGGGCUGCUCUACUUCCGGCUGCUCGACGUCACGUCCAAUCAGCUGCGCAGCCUGCCCGAGAAGGCCUUCCGCUCGGCGGCCGGCCUCCACAGCCUGGGCCUGGGCGACAACCCGCUCGCCUGCGACUGCCGCCUGCACUGGGUGGCCCGCCGCCGCCGCCGGCUCCGCUUCCUGGGCCCGGCGCCCGCCUGCCGCACCCCGGAGGCCCAGCGCGGCCUGCGCCUCGACCGCCCGCCGCCGCCCGGCUCCUUCCUCUGCAGCCGGCCCCGCAUCCGCGACAAGCGGCCGCAGCGGCUCUCGGUGCGCGAAGGCCGGCCCGUCACUCUCCGCUGCUCGGCCGACGGGAACCCGCCCCCUGACAUCCUGUGGCUCAACCCCCGGCGCCAGCGGCUGGGCGCCCCCACCCCCGGGCCCUUCCCGCUCGCGGGCCCGGCGCUGGGCCGCAGCCGCCUGCUGCCCGACGGCAGCCUGGAGAUCGCCUCAGUCCGCCCGCAGGACGCUGGCAUUUACCGCUGCGUGGCCCGCAACGCUGGCGGGAACGACACCGCCGCGGCCACGCUGCGGGUGCGGCCGCUGUCGCCGCAGGAGCUCGGCGUCUUCCGGCCGGCGGGGAGAGGCGGCCCGCGGCCCGGGUACCCCUUCGACACCCAGACCCUGCUGGUCACCACCACCAUGGGCUUCGCCUCCUUCUUCAGCGUGGUCACCGUCUGCUUCUCGCUGCUGUUCGCCUGGAGCCGAGCCAAGGGCCCGAUCAGACACAACAACAUCCAGGUGGACUUCGUGCCGCAUGGGGGCGGUGGCGGCGGAGGAGGAGGCGCGGGAGAGGGAGAAGACGCCAAGUACAACAUGAAGAUGGUGUGAGGG